CUUCACCCAAGCUGCUGGUCCUUUCCCUUCUACACUUGUUUGAGCUAGCAAAGUCAUUAGUAUGCUGCCGGGACCGUGUGCUUGUGUAUGCAUGUGUGUCGAAGAACCGCUGAGAUGAGAUGUAGCUGCUGCUGCCAUCUCCGCUGUCUUCAGGGAGCGUGUAGAUUUAUGAGGAAUCAAAGAUGAACUUGGAGCAGGAGAGGCCUUUUGUCUGCAGUGCCCCAGGCUGCUCACAGCGUUUUCCAACAGAGGAUCAUCUGAUGAUUCACAGGCACAAACACGAAAUGACUUUGAAGUUUCCUUCAAUAAAAACAGAUAAUAUGUUAUCAGACCAGACUCCUACACCAACCCGAUUCCUGAAGAACUGUGAGGAAGUGGGCCUCUUCAAUGAUAUUGACUGUUCCUUAGAACACGAGUUUAGAAAGGCACAAGAAGAAGAGAACAAUAAAAGGAAUAUCUCGAUGCAUAACACAGUCGGAGGAGCAAUGGCAGGACCCGGAACCCACCAGCUCACGAAUACUAGGAUGCCAAACCAUGACACCAGCGUUGUGAUUCAACAAGCCAUGCCAUCUCCACAGUCCAGCUCGGUCAUAACACAAGCACCUUCCACAAACCGACAGAUUGGGCCUGUCCCAGGUUCUCUGUCUUCACUACUACACCUACACAACCGACAAAGACAACCCAUGCCUGCCUCUAUGCCUGGCACCCUGCCCAAUCCUACCAUGCCUGGAUCUUCUGCAGUACUAAUGCCAAUGGAGCGACAAAUGUCAAUGAACUCCAGUAUCAUGGGGAUGCAAGGCCCAAAUCUCAAUAACCCGUGUGCGUCACCCCAAGUCCCUCCAAUGCAUUCAGAAGCCAAAAUGAGGUUGAAGGCAGCAUUGACUCAUCAUCCUGCAGCCAUGUCAAAUGGAAAUAUGAACACCAUGGGCCAUAUGAUGGAAAUGAUGAGCUCCCGACAGGACCAGACACCACAUCAUCAUAUGCACUCACAUCCACAUCAGCACCAGACACUGCCACCUCAUCACCCAUACCCGCAUCAGCACCAGCAUCCAGCACACCAUCCUCAUCCUCAACCCCAUCACCAGCAGAACCAUCCACACCAUCACUCCCACUCGCACCUUCACACGCACCCGGCACAUCACCAGACCUCUCCACACCCACCACUGCACUCAGGUGGACAAGCACAGGUUUCACCAGCGGCACAGCAGAUGCAGCCCACUCAGACAAUACAGCCGCCUCAGCCCACUGGGGGUCGCCGGAGGAGGGUGGUGGAUGAAGACCCAGAUGAGAGGCGGCGGAAAUUUCUGGAAAGGAAUCGAGCGGCUGCCACACGCUGCAGACAGAAGAGGAAGGUCUGGGUGAUGUCACUGGAAAAGAAAGCAGAAGAACUCACCCAGACAAAUAUGCAGCUUCAGAAUGAGGUUUCCAUGUUGAAAAAUGAGGUAGCACAGCUGAAACAGCUAUUGUUAACACAUAAAGACUGUCCAAUAACAGCCAUGCAGAAAGAGUCGCAAGGAUAUAUAAGUCCUGAGAAUAGUCCUCCUGCAAGCCCCGUCCCAGCUUGCUCGCAACAGCAAGUCAUCCAGCAUAAUACCAUUACAACUUCCUCUUCCGUCAGCGAUGUCGUAGGAAGCUCCACCCUCAGUCAGCUUGCCAGUCAUAGAACAGACAUGAACCCAAUUCUUUAAAACGGAUUGGUCAGAAACUGCUAUGGGAGAGUGGUAGCAUAAUCAAAUGUCCUUUGUGUUAAGGACAUUUUCAACACUAACUCAGCCCUGGAAGACUCCUCAGUCCUUGGAAGACUCUGGCUUUCAUUUUUAUAGUUAUUAAAAUAUGCCUUUUAUACUUAGUUACAAAAAAGGGAGUUAUGCAAUUAAUAUGCUAUCAGCUUGGGAAAUGCUUUGGUGCUUUCUCCAAUUUUUUGGUACCAGUUACUUGUUUAUAAAUGGAAAUGUUUCUGUACAUAGUUGUGUUUCCUUCUUACCAAUCUAGCCCGAGGCCUCAGAAUCAUGGAGUUUUGUUAAACGGCAGCUUGUUAGCCAAAGUCAUACAUAGGUAACUAGGAAUAAUUAGGCUAUAUAGAUAUUCAGGGAGUCUGGUGAUAGCACAUGAGAAAGUGAGUUAGCUUUGCAAUAUCAUCAGAACCCCACUAUGUAUUCAGAACCUCUUUCAGAGAAAAGAAUGGUUUUAUAAUACAUGGAUAUCAGAACAAAUUCAAACCCAGGUAAUAUGCCCUUUUGUCUUGCUUUUCUCUUUCAUUUCCCUGUUGUCCCUCUUCUAUUUAAGCUCUCUCUUUUGUCCUUCAAUUGUCCUCGCAUCUUCCCUCUCUAAACUUCGUGGCUCUUUCUCCUUCAAGCUCCCCCCCUGUCUUCGCAUUCCAAGUCUCCCUUCUCCUUUUUUCUUCUGAGAAUACUAAUGAAGAAGAAAAGACUUCAUACCCAACCUAUAUUCCCCUCCCCCUUCCCUGUGGGAAAAAAAACUGUUGGCAUGGUCACUGCUUUCAAUAGCCCUUCACCCACAGCUGGGCUGCACUGAACUUUUGCUUUUUAAAAAAGAAAUAUGCAGGAGUUUAAUGCUCCUGAUUUAGUGUUUUAAUAAACAGUGAAAGUAGUUUAGCCACAGGUGAUGCACGAUUGAAAGCCAGCUGUGCUGGUGCUAGGGGGAAGGAGCCUUGCACGCUUCUGUUGUAAAUGUCCAUGGCAGAGUACAAGGAUAGCAAAUCACACCUGUUUAUUACAACUGGUUUUUUACACUGCCAAUUGUUAAUGUAGAAAAGCCAUGUAGUAUAUAAUAAUUCAGAAAGGUUCUACUCACUAAACCAGUGACAUUGUUUCAUCAUCAGCUGCUAAUAGCCUAAGAUUAAUAUUUCAUUUAUAGCCCAUUAAAUCAGUUUGACCAGUGAGGAAUAGGUUAUUGUUAACUACCAGGAAAAGACCAGUUCUUCACAGCUGAUCUUUUAAACAUAUGUGGGACGGAUCCUUAGCUGGCAUAGAUCAGUGUAGCUCCAUUCAUGUAAAUGAUGCUAUUAUGCUAAUUUAACUAGCUGAGGAUCAAUCCCAGGAUGACAUUAAAGCACUUUUUAGCUGCUGUAUGCUACAAGAAUGUUGUAAAGUCUGCUAUAUGCUGUGGGUGAAAUUUACCCUGUGCAGAAGGUCAGCACUUCUUACAUCCUAAUUAAGCCCAAUUUUGAAUGCUUAGGCCUUGUAGGCCUUGUACUGGCCCUCUGCACAGAGGUGACUUUCACCCUGAGAUAGUACCAGUCACAUAUGGGAAAUCAAACAUUAAGAGCACAGUAGAUAACAGCCAGUUAGUUAUAUUAUUUUUCAGUAUGUUUGGACCUGAUUCUGCUCCCUCUGAAAUCAGUGGCAAAAAUCCCAUUGACUUCAAUGGGAGCAGGACCAGGCUCUUACUCUUUUGUGAUAAAUGUUCGUGACUGCAUUUUUUAAAAAACAAAUGCUAAUUAACAUUACUCCUGGCAAAUACUCUACUGAUAAACACUCUUCAUUCUCAAGCUGAGUUGUUUUCCUCAAAGGUCAUUUCAUUGUUUUUAGAGGAAUAAUAGUUUUUUAAAGGGUGGAUUUUAUUUAAAGAAACAACAACCAAACAAAUGAAGGCCUUUCCCCUCCACCCCCCACGAAGCACUGUAGUGAUUAGAGCCCAUUUUGGAAGGGAAAGCAAUCUCUAAGGAUCAUGAAUCAUCAUUUCUGAAUUCGUUUUUAUCUUGGUAACUCAGUUAACUUUUUAUCAGUAUUCUUAAACAACUCUCUUUCCAUUUAUGCAAAUAUUUUUGGAAGAAGAAUUUUGAGUGUACAGUAUAGAUCAUGACUUGAUUAUAUAGUCUAAGAACCAAAACAAUUAAGAAAAAAAACAAAUAUAAAGGAUUUUCUAUUAUAUUUUAGCAAACAUAUACUUUUAAAAUGUUUUAAAUAUUGAAUCUGUAAUUCAUUUUUAAAGUCCAAUUGUAAUAGCUGAAUGGUUUUGCUUCCUCAUAGCUACUAAGGAAACUUUUGUUCAAAUAUACAGCUUUAAACAUAAAGUUCCAGUUGAAGCUCCAUUAUAAAAAACAGCAGGUAUUAUCGGUCCAAAUUUCAUGCCUCACAUCAAUCCCUGUCCCCAAAAAUGCCAUCAUAGUGUUAAUUUAGUUUUAACUUUUUUUUUUUUUAUUUUUGCAUGGAUAGCACUUAAAUACAUUAUAAAAGAACGGUUGAUAAUAUUAGAAACACAAAUGAGCUACACUGCACUAGAAUUCGGAUUUGGUUUUACUUUUGUUCAGACUCAGCUGAAAUAUUUAGCUGUUAAACUGAAAGCCUCUACAGUAAAAAAAAAAAAAAAAAAAAA